AUGCUUCUCAUAGGCUUAACUGGCUCGAUAGCCACCGGCAAAUCGACCGUCUCGUCCCUCCUAGCCUCCCCUCCUUACAACAUCCCCAUAAUCGAUGCAGAUGUACUUGCCCGAAAAGUCGUGGAGCCAGGGACUGCUGGAUACCGUGCUAUAGUCGACUACUUUGGACCUACAACUCCUGAUCUUUUACUCCCCGAAGAACAGCCUGGUAAAGGACGGCCCUUGAAUAGACCAGUCCUCGGCAGACGGGUAUUUGGCGACUCUCCAGAGCGAAAAAAAGAUCGAUCAGUUCUUAAUGGCAUCGUACACCCUGCUGUGAGAUGGGAGAUGUAUCGUGCCUUACUUUGGUACUACAUACAUGGCCAUUGGGCUGUGGUUUUGGAUGUUCCUCUACUUUUCGAAAGUGGAUUGGAUGCUCUUUGCGGGACUGUUAUCGUUGUUGGAGUCAAAGACCCAGCUGUUCAGAUGCAGAGACUACGUGCCAGAGACCCCCACCUUAGUGCUGAAGAUGCAGAGAAUCGUGUGAAGAGCCAGGGUGAUGUGCAUGGAAAGGUUGAGAGAGCAGAGUUUAGGGGAACUGAGAGUGCAAGAGGUGUUAUUGUCUGGAAUGAUGGCGAUAAGGCGGAACUGGAAAGCGAGGUUAGACGAGCAAUUACCCAUAUCAGCUCGACGAGUCCGCAGUGGUGGGCAUGGGUUUUACUACUGGUGCCUCCGUUAGGAGUUGGAGUAGCAGCAUGGAACCUAGCCAGGAAUUAUAGGGAGAAGGCAAGGUGGGAAGAGAAGCAACGAAGUGAUAAAGCAAAACUGUAA